UGGAUUCGCAAAACUUCACUCCCGCGCUGUCUUAACUGUCAAUGUAAGCGCAACGUAGCCAACAGAACAGAAACAAACAUGACUAUUAAUAUUGUUUCUAAGUUUUAAUUAUUCGACGGUUAAGUUGCCUAAACGGGCUAAGUUUCGUACGAGUUCGAAAAAAAAACGAAUAGGCUUAAUUGGUUACGAUUUAACGUACGAUAAAAUAAGUUUGAUAAUGUUUCAAGGUUGGCACCCAAAUGUGACAAGCGUACCUAACCUCAAUUCGCGCAAAUCCGUUUGUGUUUGUAAAUAAUUAAUUAAAGACAGUAGAAUGUCUCUAGUCCCUGAUUACGACUCGUCAUCGAGUUCUGCGUCCGAAGCGGACGAAGAACCCGUGAAACCCGACGCCAGGGUCCCCGCAAAGGCGCCCCUCAAGCUCCCCAAGCCGGACUUCGUCGGCACAUCCACCGACCCGGACGCCCCCAAAAGCUCGGUUUUCAAAAACCCGUUCGCAGAAGCGGAGAACGCCAAAGAGGCGAUUUUGCAAAAGCACGUCAAAAUGGUCGACGCCAAAGACAACGUCGUGGUCAUAAACGGCAAAAGAAUCUGCUGGAAUUACAGGAAGGGGCGCUGUCGCUUUGGCCACAACUGCAAGUACGCGCACGACUCGGACUUGCAAAAGUCGAAAGAACAGCUGCAAAGCGAGCAGCAGGUGCAGCAGUCGGUCGUCUGCCAGAGCCAGAGCUUGCCUGAGCCGUCGCCCCACGAGCUGGAGAAGAUCAGGCAGGAGGCUGUUACGCAAAAGCGGAAAAAACGGCCGGGGCUCACGCAAGGGCUCGUUCCGGGGAAAAAGGUCAUGAGGAAUUAUGUUAAUCAAAAGUUGUAAUUGUGUGAUUAAAGGGGUGAAGAAAA